AUGGGUCUUCGUCUCAGCAUAGACAGCCCAGGACCUCAAGCAUCGGCAUAUGUUCAGUCUCCUCGGACACAUUAUGAAAACAUACCAAGUGACCAAAGGCCCAUCCCGAGGAAUUCCAACACCAAUGGAACCAGUUUCUCAGCGCCAUCUCGGCGUAACCAGCAAGCCUGUUCUAGCUCGCGUCGGGAAGCACAAGACAAUGGAACCGAUGCCAUUUCAAAUCUUUCUGGCUCGCAUCAACCUUCAAGCAUAAAUAGUCUUAUCCAAGAUCUCGAGCAGGGCACUGUUACUUCAGAUACUGCCGAUCUUCUACAAAUAUUAAAAUUUUACAGAAAUAGGACCAGAACUCCUGAUGCGCAUAAUCCCGGUUCGUCCUAUUCUCGUUCCAGAUCAGUUGCUGGACAAUGGUCAUUAGCAGAAACGUUAGCAGCUGCUGCAACUGCUUCUUCUCUUGAUUCAUCAUGCAGGCAGGAUAAGACAAGAGGAAACCGAAGCAGACAGUCAGGUUCCUCGCGCUCAACUUUCGCUAUCUACGGCGGAGGUAUGCAUCAUGCUAGUUGGCGAAGGCAUUCUGAAGAAAUGGCUUCUACGGAAGGUGAUCUAACUAGCAAUGGGGAGGAUUACGUAAAUGUGGCCACUGGAUCCAGCCCAGAGGAUCAGUCAACAUCUCGUCAUGCAGAGUUGCUACAGAAUCACAUUGAUCUUCGCCGAGGACUUAUGCUUCUUGAUGGUAGAGUAUCUUCCCGGUUUUUCCUGUCUAAAUACCCUUCCAGCCAAUCAUAUUUCACCAUUUACUUGUUGCUUCAUUAG